UGCCCUAGGAUAGAGUUGGCUAGUGAAUCACAGGAAGGGGGCAUGACUCCCACAAUUCUCCAGCACAUCUCUUCUGCCAGCUACAAGAAGUCAAAAGGGCACUUCCAAUGCAAUGAAUAACAAAUUAUAACAGAUUUUACACAUCUUGAGGUAGUUUGCCAGAACAAAGUACAUCCACUAACGGUGACCAACCUGUUUCACUCAAGGGCAGGAUGUGAUAAGACCCCUGUCACGGGUAUAAAUGUCUAUGGUCAAGGCAUCAUUGUGUUCUGGUUAGGUGCAAGCGAAGAUAGGGCCUCAGCUAUAAUGCAAUUUAUUAGUCUUGCUUAGAACAUUAUGUGAUCUGUGGUUUCUUUCAUCACAGUUAAGCAAAUUCCAUGGGAACCACAAUGUCUGAACUAAGCCUCAGUCUGCUGCUGCUCUGACUUAACGUACUUCAGCACAGCCACACCGUGAAAACGCCAUGCAAGUUAUGCUUGGGCGGAAAACUUUUUCUUUUACAGCGCCAUUUAUAAUGGGGCCGGUUGGCAGGCAAGUACUCAAGAAAAAAAAAGUGCGAACAGGCGUCCAGUAGCUAGCUUGAACUUUGAACGACUUCUCUGUGUCGCCGGCGGUGCCGCCACCGCCUCCUAGGAGGAGCAAACGACAUCCAGCACUGCAACCAGGCGCCCCGGACUGGCCAUUCCAGGGCUUCCUGCACCGGUUGACUUAGGCGUCGGUGACCUCUUGUUGUCGCCUGAAGGAGGAAAAGGAAAAAAAAGAACGAGAGGGCGGGAGAGACCCCUUCUUUUUCCUCCGACAUAGAGACUCAGGGCACAGCAAGAGGAAGGGAGUAAUGUCGGACCUUCAACUCUGAAUGAAGAAUUUUAGGGGGGCGGGGGUAGACUUAGGGCUAUCCCCCUAAAAUUAUUUAGGGAGAAGCGACAUAAACUUAGCGUUGUAUUAAGACCAUAAAUGGCUACGUAAGGAGAGUUGAAGGGAGCCGAAUUCGGGGUGGAGCAGAAAACGCCGGGGGGGGGGCAGGAAAGGCUUUAGGAAAUAAGCGUCGUGGUACAGGGUGGCUUGCAAGGGGCUCCCGGGUGUUCCGCAAUUGUUUUUCCUCUCUCUCUCCUCUGCGCGAGCCAAACUUUUGCGGCGUAAAACUGAAACCAGGUGCUCUUGUGAGGUGGCGCAAGAGCUCCUUGGCAGAGGCGAGGACAAGCUUGGCGUUUCCUCUCUCCCAACCCCCUUCCUCUUUUUCCCCCCCUUUCCCCGGCCUGCCUGGGAUCUUAGCUUGCGGCUCCUUGGCUUUUCUUUGCCUUUCUUCCGCCCGCCCCGUUCCGUGAGCUGGAGCGCCGAGGAGGUACGACAGAAACACGUGAAAGCGAGAAGCAAAAAAGAAAACAAACGCGGAGUUCCAGCCAGUAGAGGCUUGGCAGCGGAGCUGCCGAGGAACAGGAGGGCGCAAAACCGAGGUGGCAGUUUUCCUCCCGAAGGGGCUCUUUUUCCCCACCCCUUUCCCUGGGUUCGUGGGGGAGUCUCUCGUCUCCGACGCUGACAGGUGCUCCUUCGAACUUUCUCGCCCCCUUCGCUUCUCCCCCCCGCUUUCGUGAGGAUUGUGGCGCCCUUGGGAAGCUGAUCAUGCUUUGAACCCUAGGAGAGGAGGAGGAGGGAGAAAACCCUGGAGACAGAGGAAAGAAAGACUCUAGCCGAGGAAAAAGUUUUGGAUGGGAUUAUGUGGAAACUACCCUGCUCUUCUCCGCUGCCCGAGCAGGCUCGCUGCUGCUGCUGCUGCUGCUGCUGCUGGUCUCUCUCCAGCGGUGCAGUCUUCGCGGGCUGGUGGAGGUGGUGAGAACGACGACGCGGGGUGUACUUGAGCUGUCUGCAACGACUUGGCGCGUGUCUUGUGCGUUAGAGAGUUUCCACCCCAGCCUACCAAAUGUUCCUCUUCGGGGUCUUCUCGCUGACACUUGUUCUGGUCAGCCAAAGACCGGGAGUCCACGCCGAAUCAAAUCUGAGCAGCAAGUUCCAGUUCUCCAGCGCUAAAGAGCAAAACGGAGUGCAAGAGCCACAUCAUGAGAAGGUUAUUAUUGUGUCUGCUAAUGGAAGUAUUCACAGCCCUAAGUUUCCUUACACUUAUCCUCGCAACAUAGUACUUGUGUGGCGAUUAGUUGCAGUUGAAGAGAAUAUGUUGAUACAACUUACUUUUGAUGAAAGGUUUGGGCUUGAGGACCCAGAAGAUGAUAUAUGCAAGUAUGACUUCGUAGAAGUGGAAGAGCCUAGUGAUGGCACUGUCUUAGGACGGUGGUGUGGUUCUGCUACUGUUCCAGGAAAACAAAUCUCUAAAGGAAACCAGAUCAGGAUAAGAUUUGUUUCUGAUGAGUAUUUUCCUUCUGAACCUGGAUUCUAUAUUCAUUAUAAUCUUCUCACAACACUCCACAUUGAACCAGCCAGUCCAACAGUGUUGCCACCAUCAGCUUUACCAUUAGAAUUGCUAAACAAUGCUGUUGCUGCAUUUAGUACCAUAGAAGAACUUAUCAGGUAUCUUGAGCCUGACAGGUGGCAGUUAGAUUUGGAAGACCUAUACAAACCAGCUUGGCACCUUCUCGGGAAAGCCUACAUUCAUGGCAGAAAAUCAAGAGUUGUAGAUUUGAACCUGCUAAAGGAGGAAGUAAGAAUGUAUAGCUGUACUCCACGUAACUUUUCAGUGUCAGUACGAGAAGAAUUGAAACGAACAGACACCAUUUUUUGGCCACUUUGUCUUCUGGUUAAACGCUGCGGUGGAAAUUGUGCCUGUUGUCAACAUUCUUGCAGUGAAUGCCAAUGUGUCCCUACCAAAGUCACCAAAAAGUAUCAUGAGGUCCUGCAGCUGAAGCCCAGAAGUGGUGUAAGAGGAUUGCAUAAAUCUCUGACAGAUGUCCCUUUGGAUCAUCAUGAGGAGUGUAACUGUGUGUGUAAAGGAAAUACAGAAGGAUAAAAGGAACUUCGUUCUUCUACAGCACAUUGAAUUAGAGGCUUAUUCUGUUCUGGGGCUUGUGCAUUAAUCUCCUUGUAUAAUCUCAGUUGUUUCCUUUGAAAAUCUUCCAUGUUCAAGAUUGAUGGUUCUGGGGAGAUGAAGAGAGAAGAAAUGAAACUGGGAUUAUGUAUGCAAUGUAACAGCACAUGAAAGCCCAUUAAAACUAUGAGCAGAAGGCAUUAAUGAGGAUUUCUUUUCCUCCACCUUGAUAUAAAUAUAUAAUAUCAUCUCUUUUGCUCAUCCUGAAUUUUAAAAGAUUUAAGUUUAGAAAUGCUCAAAGCCCGAACUCUUCUAAUAGCCUUCCUUCUACAGGUCAGUUACUUCUGGCUUAUCAUUCUAAACAUUUGGAAUCUUUCUUCACUUAUUGCAGUAAUUCCUACAUGUCCUAAAUUAAAGUGUUAAUUGCUUAAAACUGUGUUAUUCUGAGUUAAACUUAUAUUUUUCACUUAUAGAUGUGAAAAAGACUGCACACUUUUCUAUGUUUUUCCCUAGUCAGGUUCCUGUCAUUUUGCAAAAAUGCCUGGUCAGUAUAUGUGAGCAAGGAGGAAAAAAUUGAAACCAAUGAAGUGUCUUAUUCCUCCCACUAGUGCCUUCAAGGUUUUUUUGUUUGUUUAUAUUUUUAUAUUUUUAUUGUGUACAUUUUUAUACUCUUUGAUGGCAUAACAAUUUGCUUUUCUAAUCUUGUUAAAUACAUCUAUUUUUUACCAAAGGUAUUUAAUUUUCUUUGUAUUUACAACCUAGAAAAAUUGUAUUUUAGUCCUGUAAAACCCGGAGUCAGCGUUACAGAAAGAGGAUAGAAAGAAUUACUGGUUGUAUAAUUCAAGGGAUGUAGUGGUGCAUGUGCACAUAGAAAAAUAAAGCAGAUGAAAAUAUCACUCUGACUUUACAAUUUUAGAUAAGUAAAUUCAUGAUGCUGGGAUAAGAAGGAACAUAAUAGCUGUUUUAAGCCUUUUUAUAUUCUAGUGCCUUGAUCUAGAGAGAAUGUCUGUGAGCAUAGAAGCAGGCUUCAGCAUGCAUAAAUAAGAAAAUAAAUACCAUUUGUUGGAUGCGAGAUUACUGACAUAAAUCUGAUAAGCAUCAGAAUACUCAUCAGAGGAUAGCUGUCAACCUGCAUUGCACUGGCUUGAAUGGGUUACAUAUCUACCAUCUACAUCCUGGCAGAAUUAUUUUUUGAAGAAGUAUAGUUUUUAUAUGUGAUCUAUGAAGCAGGUAUCUUCAUGAAAAUAAUAAUAAUAAUAAAUUCCAACACAAUGAGGUCUUGUCACCAAAUUAUAUAAUGGGUUGAUUAAAAAUAUGCACAUAUUUAUUGCUACAGACAUAAGGAUUUUAAUAUUAUCAUUGACAGUUGCUUCCUCAUAAGGCCUAUAGUUUCCAGUAUUUUAAUGAUGUAUAGUAUAAUUUUUGAAAUGUGGUUUUGCUUACAGUAUGUACAGUUUAUAUAUAAACUAGUACAUUUAUUCUCGUCUUGGACAAGAAGGGAAGAAGUAGUAAAAUAUUUUGCUUGUAAAAUACUUCUAAAUUGUCUAGUGUUUUGUUUGAAUGCCUGUUUCCUUUUAUUGUUUGAUUUAUGUAAUUCACAAAAUAAUUAUUGGGAUAAAAAGAACUCACUAUAUCUACCUAUGGAAGGUAGUUACCAUUUAAUUUAAAAAAGUAUUGCUUUUUUUGUGUGGAAUAUGCUAUCUAGCAAUCUAGAAUAGAAUAGAAUUUUUUAUUGGCCAAGAGUGAUUGGACACACAAGGAAUUUGUCUUGGUGCAUAUGCUUUCAGUGUACAUAAAAGAAAAGAUCUAGCAAACUAAUCUCUUCCAUUUCAGUUGCUACAGAAAAUAUAUGAAUAGCUGCAUACAAAUAUUUAGGAACUUGUGGUUAAAUUGUAUGUUUUAUUGAAUGCUUAAAUCAUGGGUGUUAAACUGGUAGCCUGUAGGCCGGAUGCAUCAUGCCCACCCCAGCUCUGCAAAGGGGGAAAACAUUGCAAUACUUCACGUUGUGGCAACGUGACACCGCAAGUUUGACACCCGUGGCC